AUGAGGCCUCGUGAGGGAACUAAAGAGCCUCGUUUUCCCAUCAGCCCCUGCGGCAACGGCGCGGGCUGCGGGAACGAGGGGAAAGGAGGGGGCGGGGAGCGCGAGCGACGGAGGAGGCGGAGCAGCGGCGCUGAAGGAGCGUGCGAAGCAGAAAGUACGCGCCUCAUCCGAGCCUGGCCGCUUAGAAAAGAGACGACGCCACGCCAGCCCCCGCCAUGGCCGAGACGAAGGACACAUGAGGAGCAUGACUUAGCACCUGACAACGUAGAUGAUUCUAACCAUGACCCUCAGUUUGAGCCCAUAGUUUCUCUUCCUGAGCAAGAGAUCAAAACUCUUGAAGAAGAUGAGGAAGAACUCUUUAAGAUGCGAGCAAAACUCUUCCGGUUUGCAUCGGAAAAUGAUCUUCCCGAAUGGAAAGAACGAGGCACUGGUGAUGUAAAGCUUCUGAAGCACAAAGAGAAGGGGACCAUUCGUCUCUUGAUGAGGAGAGAUAAAACCCUAAAAAUCUGUGCAAAUCAUUACAUUACACCUUUAAUGGAGCUGAAGCCCAAUGCAGGAAGUGACAGGGCAUGGGUGUGGAAUACACAUGCUGAUUUCGCAGAUGAGAGUCCUAAGCCAGAACUUCUGGCAAUUCGGUUUUUAAAUGCAGAAAAUGCACAGAAAUUCAAGGCAAAAUUUGAAGAAUGUAGGAAUGAGGUUGAUAAGGAAAAGAAAGGACCAAGAGACAUGGACAGUGAGAGAGCUACUGUAGUGACCUGCAACACCUGUGCCAUGGCUGUCUUCAUGCCUGAGAAUGUGCAAAACUACACCUGCAAGGAGUGCAAGCUGAUUCCCUUGCUGAAAGAGAAGAUACAACAACUUGAGACCCCCUAGCCACACUUCAAGCUACUGGGCAAGCAGGAACAGAAAAAAUGAUAGUGCUGAUAAAGUUGCCGAGAAACUAGAAGAACUUUCUGUAAAGGAGUCAAAGAAUCUGAGAAAGAAGUCAAGGAGAAAACUGAAGAAAAGCAAUAAAUCAUCUUGGGCCUUGUGUUUUAUUUUUUCUUAAUUUUUUAAUUUUUACAAGGGACUUUAUAAAGAACUGUAUUACAACAUUCACUUUUUUUUCUAACUUUUUGCCCUUUUUGAAGAGAUCUUCAGAAAAAAUCCAUUCCCCAGUCAUGAAAAUGUACUGUGCUAAACUUUCUUUUCCAUAGUGGAAACACUUAUUUAUAGUCAUCCAAGAGAGUGAAUAAAAGUUUGAAAAUGGUGUCAAAGGACAGAACUGAAUUUUCUGUAUGCUUCGGAUGUGUGGCUGCAAUUAUUACCUUGGGUUAUAUUUUUCAGUGCAUAUCUUUAGAUGAGAUGUAGUAUAACUGAAUUAUACCAUUAGAAAAAGUGCAGGUAAUAAAGAUGUUUCUCAUA